AUGCCGCCUCCGCCUCACAUCAAGCCUGAAAAUGUCCUCAAGAGGGCUCAGGAACUCAUCGCCGUGGGUCAGGCCCCCGCCGCCCUCAACGUCCUUCACGAACAUGUCACCUCCAAGCGGACGCGCAGCAGCCCCAUCGCCUCUCUGGAGCCGGUGAUGCUCCUCUUCGUCGAGCUCUGUGUUGAUCUUCGCAAGGGCAAGGCCGCCAAGGAUGGUCUCUACCAGUACAAGAACAUCGCCCAGAACACCAACGUCGGAACGAUCGAGGUUGUUCUCAAGAAGUUCAUCGAACUCGCCGAGAAGAAGGUCACCGAGGCUCAGGCCAAGGCCGAUGAGAUCCAGUCUUCUCUCGAGUCCGCUGCCCCUUCUUCCAACGUCGAGGAUCUGGAAGCCAUCGAGACCCCCGAGACCAUCCUGCUCGCCACCGUCUCCGGUGAGCAGUCCCGCGACCGCACGGACCGUGCUGUUGUCACUCCCUGGCUCAAGUUCCUCUGGGAGACCUACCGCACCGUGCUCGAAAUCCUCAAGAACAAUGCCCGCCUUGAGGUUAUGUACCAGACCACCGCCCUGCAGGCCUUCCAGUUCUGUCUCAAGUACACCCGCAAGACCGAGUUCCGCCGUCUGUGCGAGCUGCUCCGUAACCACGUCCAGAAUGCCGCCAAGUACUCCGCUCAGAUGCACGCCAUCAACCUCAGCGACCCGGAUACCCUCCAGCGCCACCUGGACACCCGUUUCCAGCAGCUGAACGUUGCCGUCGAGCUGGAGCUGUGGCAGGAGGCCUUCCGCAGCAUUGAGGACAUCCACACCCUCCUCAGCCUCAGCAAGCGUCCCGCCAAGAACGUCAUGAUGGCCAACUACUACGAGAAGCUGGCCCGUAUCUUCCUGGUCAGCGAGAACUACCUCUUCCACGCCGCGGCCUUCAGCCGUUACUACAACCUUCUCCGCCAGUCCGCCGCCACUCUGGCUGCUGGCCAGGGUACCAAGAAGGAGAACCCCUCCGUCACUGAGGCCGACAUGACCAAGGCCGCCUCCUUUGUCCUGCUGUCCGCCCUCUCCAUCCCCGUCAUCAGCACUUCCCGCUCCCGCGGUGCCCUGGUCGAUGUGGAUGAGGUCCGCAAGAACAAGAACACCCGUCUCACCAACCUGCUUGGUAUGGCCUCUCCCCCCACUCGUGCGGUGCUGUUCAAGGAUGCCCUCAACAAGGGCCUGCUCAAGCGCGCCCGCCCCGAGAUCCGUGACCUCUACAACAUCCUCGAGGUGGACUUCCACCCCCUGUCCAUCUGCAAGAAGAUCACCCCCAUCCUCAAGCAGAUCGGUGCCGACCCUGAGAUGGAGAAGUACGUCCUGCCUCUGCAGCAGGUCAUCCUGACCCGUCUCUUCCAGCAGCUGUCUCAGGUCUACGAGUCCGUCGAGCUCAAGUUCGUCUACGAGCUGGCUCAGUUCCCCGACCCCUUCCAGAUCACCCCCUCCAUGAUCGAGAAGUUCAUCAUGAACGGCUGCAAGAAGGGCGACCUCGCCAUCCGUGUCGACCACAUCUCCGGUGUCCUCACCUUCGACACCGACGUCUUCUCUUCCGCCAAGGCUCUGCACCCUGGCAGCGCCGCCGGCUCCGCCGAGAGCGAGGUUGGCUCCGUCCAGCGCCUGCAGAACACCCCCGCUGAGAUUGCCCGCCUGCAGCUCACCCGCCUGGCCAAGACCCUGCAUGUGACCUGCAUGUACGUCGACCCCUCGUACACCGAGGCCCGCCUGCAGGCCAAGCGUGCCGCCCUUGCUCGCGCCGAGGCUGGUGCCGCCAAGGAGCACGAGGAGACUCUGGCUCGCCGCGUCGUCAUUGAGAAGAAGAAGGAGGCCGCCACCGAUGCUCUGCAGCGCAAGCAGCGCGAGGAGGAGACUCGCAAGCGCAUCCGCACCCAGCAGCUUCAGGAAGCCGAGAAGCAGCGUCUGUUGGAUGAGCACCGCGAGCGUGAGAAGAAGCGCAUCAAGGAUGAGCAGGACCGCAUCCGCCAGCAGGAGCUGAAGAAGCAGCUGGAGGAGCUCAAGACUGGUGUUAAGGGCAUUGACAUCAGCGAGCUUGACCUGAACGAGCUCGAUGCCAACCGCCUCCGUGCCAUGAAGCUGGCUCAGCUGGAGAAGGAGAAGAACGAGCUCAACGACCGCAUCCGCACCACCGCCAAGCGCAUUGACCACCUGGAGCGUGCCUUCCGUCGUGAGGAACUGAAGCACAUCCCCGAGGACUACGAGAAGCAGAAGCAGCGCGACAUGGAGAUCUACGAGGCCACCAAGGCCGAGGCCCUCAAGGAGGCUGAGGACAAGCACAAGGAGGCCGUUGCCCUCAAGCACCGUCUCAGCCGCCUGGUGCCCCAGUUCAACAGCUUCCGCAAGGAGGUGUCCGAGAAGCGCCACGAAGAGUUCGAGAAGCGCCGCAAGGCUGCUGAGCGCGACUUCGAGGCCAAGAAGAAGCAGCGUAUCAAGGAGGUCCAGGAGCGCAGACGCCGUGAGCGGGCCGAGCGUGAGGAAGAAGAGCGCCGCCGCAAGGAAGAGGAGGAGCGCAUUCGUCGCGAGGAGGAGGAGAGAACCGCCAAGGAGGAGGAGCGCCGCCGUGUCCUGGCUGAGGAGAAGGCCAAGCGUGAGGAAGAGAGAAAGAGACUCGAUGAACUUGCUAUCAAGCAGAAGCAGCGUGAAGAGGAAGCCGAAGCUCGCCGUGCCGCUCGCCGGACCGGUGGUGUUGAGCGCGAGGCUGUGCCGGCUCCUGAGCGUGCUGCUCCUACGGAACGCAUUGCUCCUCGUCUCAACCUGGCUCCUCGCACUGGUGGUGGUCCCAGCUGGAGAGAGCGCCAGGCUGCCAAGGAGGCUACUGGUGGCGCUCCUGCUGCUGCUCCUGAGCGUGCUGCUCCCGAGCCUGCCCGCGAGGAGCCCGCUCCCGUGCGCAGAGGCUACGUGCCUCCUCACCUGCGCUCGGGUGCCAGUGCUACCCCUGCUGCUCCUGAGCGUGCUGCUCCUGCUCCUUCCACGGAGCGCUACGUUCCCCGUGCCAUGCGUGAGGCCGGCUCUUCCCAGCCCCCCUCCCGCACGCAGACCCCCGGCUCCAGCUCCGACAAGACCGAGGAGUCCAAGCCUGCCGCUGGCAAGUGGGUGCCCAGAUGGAAGCAGCAGCAGGGUGGCCAGUAA